CCUGCCCAAUUAAGCAUUCAUGCGGCUUCGUCACCGCCUUUCCGUAAUAUUCUCCUAACAUCUCUCUCUCUCUCGAAAUUUUUGGUACGACCAGUGGUGAGUGAAGAAGCGUAGCAAGCAGAGUAUUUUUGAGUAGCCAUGGAAGAAGGGCCGUCGCGCAAGCGCUCUUUUGUGGAAGACGACGAUCAAUCCAACAAGCCUCCCGCUCAGAAGAGGGUCAGGUUUCCAAAAGGUAAAAAGGUGAAGACUGGGGAUUAUGUGGAUGACCAACCUGGUGAAGAUGGCCCCGUUCGUUCGCAGGAUCCUCAGCUUGUGGCUAAGGAGCGGCGAAGGCUCCGUAGUCAGAUGGCAGCUGAUCUUCUUGAUGAAGAAAAUAGAGGAAUGCUUCCUGACAUAACGAGGGCUGAAGUCCAAUAUGAGGAUGAUGAGACAUUUGUUGAAGAUGGGAUCCAGAUAGAACCUUUUAAUCUGGAAAAAGAGAGAGAAGGAGGCUACUUUGAUCCACAAGGAAAUUAUGUUGAAUUUUUAAAUGAGAAUGAGAUCAAGGAUGCAUGGCUUGAUAGCAUUGAUGCUAAUAAAGAUUAUGCUGCAAAUACCUUUGCUGUCCCGAAAAAUGACGAUGAUGUUGCUGAUCUUUCAUCUGACGAUUUGGGGAAGAUCAACAGGCGCAUCGCUGACUCCCUUGAGCCUGGGGAAACGGUUCUGCAAGCCUUGAGGAGGUUGAAAGGAACCUCAAAUAACAGGAAGGAAAAGAUGUCAGCAGAAACUAAACAGCUUUUUGAUCAGUUGACUGAAGAUGCUAUGAUGCUGAUGGACAAUGGAGAUUACAAUGUAUAUAAUGAAAAACAGGAAACUUUUCAGCGUGAAGCAGAGGGAUAUGAAAAGUUAGCUGCGGCAAGGAGGCAAGGCACUUCCAUUAGCUCAGGACCAGGGAAAUCUGGUAGUGUCCUUGAUGAGGACUUCAUUCCCAAUGGAAUGGACAAUGGGAAGGCUGCUUCCGUUUUCAACAUGGGCAAUGGUGCUUCAUUGAAUAGCUCUGCUGCUGCAGACAACAUUGGUGAUGGAUUUGAUAUGUUUGGUGAAGAUGAUGAAAAUGCAACUUUCAAUCCAGUCUCUGAUGGGAGUAAUCUUGAUCUCAGUAAAUCUAGUCAACAUUCAGAAGGUGGAGAUCUGCAGGAUGAUUAUGUAUACGAUGAAUCUUCUGGUUAUUACUAUAGUAGCAGGCUGGGUUACUAUUAUGAUCCGUCUUCGGGGCUAUAUUGCUAUGCGGCAUCGGGACAAUGGUUUUCUUAUAAUGAGGAAUCAGGCACCUAUGAUGAGGUUCAACAGGCUGCCUACACCAUGAGCUGAUUGCAAUAUGUAUGUUAGUUCAAACAUUGCGGAGUGCUGUGUACAUACUACGGAGUUCUGAGGCUUGAAACAGAUGGCUGUAUACACUAAUCUUUGUGCUGUUAACACUACUACCUUUAUGGCUCUAUUUAUUAACUUGUCUGCUUAAGCCCACAUUGGCGCACUCUGCAGUCUUGUAGAGAUUCAAUUCCUAUGUGGAGUCUUGUAGAUGAAAGUUUCGGUGUAGUCUUGAAGCUCUUGCAUAUUAUUUGUUGGGCAAAAAAUCUCAGCGAUUAUUAAACUA